AUGGCGAUUGACUCCGGCGGCGGCGGCGGCGGCGGCGGCGGUGGCAGCGGCAGCGGAGCGAAGAAGCAAAAGGUGGAUGAGCAUUACCGAUGUGAGGCGGCGGGAUCGGAUGCGAUCCGCGCAGACCGCUUCUCGGCGCUCCCUGACGAGCUGCGGCUGCACAUCCUGACGCACCUCCCCCUGAAGGACGCCAUCCACACGGGGGCGCUCGCUCGCGGGUGGCGCGACCUGUGGAAGCGCCGGUGGGCGCACCGCGCCUCCGUCGAGGUGCACCUCCGCUCCCGCGACGACCUGCGGAGGGAGCUGGACGCCCUGGCGCGCGAGCCGCGCCCGCGCCGCCGCCUCGAUCGCUUCUCCCUGAUCGUCGACAUCUGGAAUCUCAAGUCCUCGGAACUCCGGCGUUUUCUCGAUUACGCCGCCGAGUGCGGCGUCGAGGACCUCCACGUGGAUACACUCCAGGGCACGACCGCGAGCAGGCUCAACUUCCACUUGCCGCUGUCCAGCCCGGCCCUCGCGAGCCUCUCGCUCCGCCACAUCAGCGUCUCUAAAAUGUACCACAAGGGCGCCCGGCCAUUCCACGCUCUCGAGGUCAUCCGGCUCGCAUCGGUCUCCUUCCGCAGGGAGGCUUUCAGAGAAAUGAUGGCGCUGUGCCCCAGCCUCCUCACUCUCGAUCUGCAAUGCUGCAGCUGUAACGGUUUGGUGUUCGACAGGCUGCCGCCGAACCUGAGGAGUCUUACCAUCGCGGGCUGUGAUAGGAUUACCAGUCUGGACUUCGUGCGUGUUCCUAGCCUGCGCUCCUUCCGCUACAGCGGCUGCUUCUCCAACUUGCCUUUAUCCAUUCCACGCGAUGCCGUGCUUUCUGAUCUUUAUAUUCAGUUAUAUGACUCAGUAACGAUGAAAGAGUGGCAUAUCGAUAAGUUGAGGAAAUCUCUCCCGAAGGAUUUAUCCAGACUCAACGUUCUCACCAUCAGUUACAAAGCCCUCACGUUAUUUGACUCAGAACCGAUGAAAGAAUGGAAUAUGGAUAACUUGAGGAAAUCUCUCCCGACGGAUUUAUCCAGCCUCAACGUUCUCACCAUCUUUUGCAGAGUCCUCACGGGUGCAUCUGUCUUGCCAAUGCCAGCCAAUGGAGCCAGUGCCCAGUUGCCCAAUUUCAACUUACACAGUUUGAAAGAGCUACACCUAAUCAUGUUUGAAAUGAAAGCUGUCAACCUAGCCAACCUGUAUCUGUUCCUCAAGACCUUCCAAUGUCCUAAUCUGGAGAGGCUCUUUGUGCAGCUCUCAGGCCUCUCGGCAUAUAGAUGUAAUCCCAUGGAAGGUUGUAUUGAUCAGCUGUGGGAAGAGCCACCAGAAGAUGGCUUAGACAACCUUGUCAUGGUAAAGGUCACGAACUUCAACUGGUGCCCCACCGAGGUGCAGCUAGUGAGUUUUCUAUUGAGGAAAGCUAGCUCUCUGCAGAAACUGUUAAUAGUUUCUCGCAGUGUCACUCCAGUGGAUUUGCCCAGUGCACCAGAAGCAGACCUUUUGCUUCUCAAAGAAGCUUUGGUCAAUGGCAAGAUAAUGUUGACCAAGUCUGACUAUGCAGCAACUCAACCAUAUCAUGAGGCCUUCAGAAAGCCGCCUAUAUGGCAGCUUGAUGUAAUAUUUCUACUCACGAUGAAGACAUUUCUUCAUUGUGUUGCUGCUACCAGGAGCGGCACCUUUAUGUUUCGGGGCAUGGCUGAUGCCCUGAUGCUUCAGCAAGUGAUGGUACUAUAA